GUGUACGCACGAAGUAGUGUGCACGUCUGACAAAUACUAAAAGUACAAUAGCAAGUAAAAACUUUGUUUAUUAAUUUGAAUCAAAUUAUUUGAUGGUGUUAUAUCUGAGUGAACUUAUAAUUUUAAGUGAUAAGUGUCCUAUAAGGCUACAAGAUGAGUAACAUUUAUAUUCAAGAACCCCCGACGGAGGGGAAGGUCCUAUUAGAGACGACGGUGGGUGAUAUCGAUAUAGAACUAUGGUCUCGAGAAUGUCCCAAAGCAUGCCGAAAUUUUGUCCAGUUGUGCAUGGAAGGAUAUUACGAUAAGACCAUCUUUCAUCGACUGGUCAAAGGAUUCAUUGUGCAGGGUGGGGAUCCAACCGGGUCCGGAACUGGGGGAAAUUCGGUGUGGGGGAAGCCAUUCAAGGAUGAAAUUCAUUCCCGUCUUCGUUUCGUACGACGUGGGCUUGUGGCAAUGGCGAAUUCGGGUAGGGACGAUAACGGCUCACAAUUCUUCUUCACAUUUGGUCCAACCCCAGAAUUACAAAAUAAACAUACCAUUUUUGGCAAGAUUGGAGGCAAUACGAUUUAUAACAUGAUUAAAUUAGAAGAAGGAGAGAUUGAUGAGAAUGAAAAACCUCGUUAUCCUCAUAAAAUUUUGAAAACAAGAAUCCUGAGUAAUCCGUUCAGUGAUAUUGUGCCUCGUGCCUCGAUAAAGUCUUUAUCUCGGGAGGACAAGAAUAAGAAACAGUCUUCCGCCUCUGCAAUUAAAAACUAUUCACUCCUCUCAUUUGGCGAAGAAGCAGAGGAGGAAGAAGAGGAGAUCGAUUCGUUAAAUAAACAGUUAUCAGAGAAGGGGAUUAAAGGGAAAUCGAGCCAUGAUUUAACCGCUGAUCCAAAAUUGAGUUCCAAGCCUGCUAUCGAUCAAAUGGAUGUUGGGACAACAGAAGAAAAUACGAAUAAACGGAAAAUUGAUAAAGAUGAUAAUGCCGAAUCUAAAAAUGAUGACGAUGAUAACGACGACGACGAUGAUGACAUGUCUCUUGACCCUGGUCACAGUAGCAUUAGCGACAAGCUGACCGUUUCUUCCGUUAAAGAGAAGCUUCAGAAAAGCAAAUCGUCGUCUUCCUCCUCAAAAAAAUCUAAACUCGAUUCCUCCUCAAAGUCAAAGAAAAAUGCUGGUGGCGACGCCUCCUCUGAGGAAGAGGAAUAUUAUCUCGGCAAAGAUGAAAAAGAAGCAGAGAAAAAGCGGGUAGAAUCCAUUAAAAAAGAAUUCAGAGAUUUAAAACGUACCAUGAAAGCAGAAAGGGAUGCGGAUUUAAAAUUAAAGUCAAAAGAAGCUGAAGUUGUUGCAGAAACACAUAAAAGUAAUCAAGUUCUCUCCUCCUAUUUUGAAGAACAGAAAAUUUACAAAGAAAAGAAAAAGACAGCGUCAAAAAAAGGAGAGGAUCGAGAAGCUCAGACGCUCGCGUUGCUGGCAAAAUUUAAAAACAAGAUUGUAUCUGCAAGGGAUGCUGCUGAAGUUGAGCAAGAAGCGGCUGCCGCCACACUUGUCAGUGGGACUGGUGAUGACCCCAAAAAGGAUGACAAAGUUGUUGCAACUGGCAAACUUUACGAGGACAAGGAUGACACUGAGUUCGACCCAAACGACACAUCUUGGCUUGCUAAGUCUUUGCACAACGAAGUCGAAGAAUCUGUCCUUGCUAAGGAUGCUAAUAAAAAGGCGGACGACUGGUAUGAAAUAUACGACCCGAAAAACCCCCUCAACCGACGACGCCGGGAAGAAAGUAAACGUGCAGAGGGAGAAAAGUGGAAAAAGCUCCGGCCCACGGACUAGGAUCUUGUUAUUUCUCAAAUACUAUUCUUUGUCUCCGUAUUUAUUUAUCUAUUUUUAUAAGGACAAGUGUUUCACAUAAAAUCAUUCUAUUUUCUAAGUUACUAGCAAUUUAUUGCUGUUAAUUUAUUAAUUUAAUUUGAAUGCACAAUGAAUCUACGCAAUGAUAAGCUUGGACGAUUAAGUGUAUAAAAAGACAUUAACCUCAAAAUCAA